UGCCGCCGCCGCCUCUCAGCGCCCGGGGCCCCGCCGCCGCCGCCGCCGCCGCGCCCCCCGCGGGAGAUGGAACAGCGGAACCAGCUCGGCGCCCUUGGAUACCUGCCGCCGCUGCUGCUGCUCUUCGUGGCCGACGCUACGUUUACCGAAGUCCCCAAAGAUGUGACCGUGCGGGAGGGAGACGACAUCGAAAUGCCCUGCGCAUUCCGGGCCAGCGGAGCUGCCUCGUAUGCGCUGGAGAUCCAGUGGUGGUACCUCAGGGAGCCGCCGCGGGAGCUGCUGCAGGGCCUGGCGCUCGGCGCGCCCGGUGCCCGGAGCAAGGUAACGAAUAAGGAUGCAACUAAAAUCAGCACCGUGCGCGUCCAGGGCCACGACAUCUCGCACCGGCUGCGGCUCUCGGCCGUGCGGCGGCAGGACGAGGGCCUGUACGAGUGCCGCGUGUCCGACCACGGCGACGACGACACGCAGGGGCACACGGCCCAGGCGCUGCUGCGCGUGCUCUCGCGCUUCGCGCCGCCCAACCUGCAGGCCGCGGAGGCGGUGUCCCACAUCCAGAGCGGCGGCCCGCGGCGCCACGGCCCGGCUGCCGCCCCCAUCGCCAACCACGUGGGCGCCCCCGGCGCCGCGGGCCGCACCACCUCCGAGCCCAGCCGCGGCGACAAGAGCCCGCCUCCCGGGAGCCCUGCUGCCGCCGCUGCGUCCGUGGCCCGCACAGCCGCCGCCGCCGCCGCCGCCGCCACCACCACCGCGGGCGCUGCAGCCGCUGCUUCAUCUGCGCCGCCGCCCCCGGGCCAGGCGGUCCUUCUGCGGCAGAGGCAUGGCUCCGGCACCGGCCACACCUACACGGCGGACCCACUCCUGUCCCUGCUCCUGCUGGCCCUGCAUAAGCUCCUCGGCCUGCUGGCUGGGCACUGACCGGCACUGCGUCGGGGUCCUGAGCCCCUCCGUGCAGCUACCCUGCCCGCCCGC